UUUGUUUCCUGCUGCAGAGAGAGAAGAGCGGCGUCGAGACUGACAGGGAAGACAGAACAUCACCUCCUUCAAUAUUUAAUGCAUAAAAUGAAACUGUUAUCAGCACCUUCCUCUCUCGAUAUCCGCUUGGUCACUGUUAUACUACUGGUGAUGGGCCUCUCUACUCCAGGACAAGCAGAAAUCAUCAGUCUGGACUCUGGCAACAUUGAUGAUGUCCUAAAUAAUGCUGGUGUGGCAUUAGUGAAUUUUUAUGCUGACUGGUGUAGAUUCAGUCAAAUGCUCCAUCCGAUUUUUGAGGAGGCCUCAAACAUCGUGAGAGAGCAGUUCCCAGAUACCAAACAGGUGGUGUUUGCUCGUGUCGACUGCGACCAACACGCCGACAUAGCGCAGCGCUACCGCAUCACCAAGUAUCCGACGCUGAAGUUGUUCCGCAACGGGAUGAUGAUGAAGAGGGAGUACAGGGGUCAGAGGUCGGUGACGGCCAUCGCGGACUUCAUCCGCCAGCAGCAGGUGGACCCAGUGAAAGAGCUACACUCCAUGGAGGAGGUUAACACUUUGGAUAGGAGCAAGAGAAACAUCAUUGGAUACUUUGAAACAAAGGACUCUGAUAAUUAUCACACGUAUGAAAAAGUUGCCAACAUCCUCCGAGAUGACUGCACCUUCUCCGCUGCGUUUGGUGCUGUAUCAGCGUCUGAGCGCUUUAGUGGAGACAAUGUAAUCUACAAACCUGUGGGCGAGAGCGUCUCUGACAUGGUCUACCUCGGCUCGCUCACCAACUUCGACCUGACGUACACUUGGGCUCAGGACAAGUGUGUGCCUCUAGUUAGAGAGAUCACCUUUGAAAACGGAGAGCAUUCCUGGUAAGUUAAGACAGUUUGUUUUGGAUCUUCACUCCGGUAAGCUUCACAGAGAGUUCCACCACGGUCCUGACCCCACAGACAGCACGCCCGGACAGGACGAGGGGGAAGGAGAAGUGGCGAGCAGCCCCCCAGACAGCUCCUUCCAGAAGCUGGCGCCGAGCGAGACCCGCUACACCAUCCUCAGAAGGGACCGCGACGAGCUGUGACCCCCCUCUAAAAAAGGCCUUGCAGCGAUCCUGCGCCUCAAUGCCACGCCCCGGGGUCAGGGAGGGGGGUUAGGGUUGGGACAGGCCAGCGGGACAGAACAGUUAACACCCGACACCCUUCCUGGAGAAAUCGAGUUAGACACGAGAAACAAACGGAGAGGAUUAAAACAAAACAAAACGACAACAAAAAGAGAGAACACGAAGCAAAGGAGUGUGCAGUCCACGUCGGAUCAACCUAUAUUUUCAUAACUCUUUCACGUACAGUUUUUAUUUUGGAUUAAAAGAAGCGGGAGGGAUAAAGAAGACGUGUGGGGGCGGGGACAUCAAUAGUUUACUUUUAUUUUCUUGGAAGUUGUAAAUAUGUUUGUGCUACGUUGGAAUCACAAUGUUGGUCUAAAUUAAAUGCAGAGUUCUUCUUUAUUUUAUCCCCCCCUUUUAUUUUUUAUUAUUAUUAUUUUAGUCCAAAAGAUAGAAACAAAACCGUGUCCUCACUCCAGCCGUACAGUUUAUUUGUCGGUAGUUCCAGUUCGACCCGUCUGAUGCUUGUUUAGUCCCGUUGACCUCAUAGCUACGUUUAAACUAGUUGGAUUCAUUUUUAUAGUUCUAACAGACCUGCUUCAUACUUUCUCAUCACAUUGAAGGAAUAGAAAAAAAAACAUUUCUAACUGAGGCUUGAGACAAAAAUAAGCUGCUCCGGCCUUUUGAGAUGCAACCCUUCUCUCCCUGCGGUCCAGUCCGGUUCCCAGCUUUGGAUUACAGCGCCCCCUUUGUGAUCAUCAAAAUAACUCUAGGAUCUUUUCUAUAUUUCUUUUUUUUUAACAAUACUGUAAAACAUAUGGGUGUAAUUAGUCUUUUUUUUUUUUGUCACCAAUGAACAGAAAAUAUGUACAAAUGCAUGUUGGAAAGGGUUUUACAUUUUCUAAAUUCUGUAGAGCGGGUCAAAAACACCCCGACUGAACACUGCGACUAACGGAUGGCCUCGUUAAAACGUCAUCUGGGAUAAACCUGAUCUUAUAUAUCAGAAUGAUAACUUGCAUUCUUUAUUUUGACCCCAUUUAUUUGAUAUAAACCUGAAAUUUAAAAAAAAGAGUGUAAUCUCUCGGUGUCUGAGUUGCACUGAAUUGCCAAAAACCCUUUUAAGUUCUGUUACUAAGAAUCAAAAGGAAGAACGCAAAAUGUUUCUCCAUGAUGUUCUUAGACAUUCUGUUGAAUUUUUUUGUAACUGUUUCUUUUUUUGUUGUUGCCUGUGCGUCAUCAUGCCGGGGUAGAAAAAAAUGCAGCUUUCCAAGUGUUUAAAAGACAACAUGGGGGGGGGAAACCCCAUGCGGUGAACGGUGGAAAUUAAGUCUGCCACUUUCUACGAGUUCUUUAAAAAAAAACUGGUUUUGUCUCUUUAAAUAUGUCUGAGGUUUUGGUACAAGUCUUGAUUUUUCUGAGAACCCCGGGAGUGGAGGUUUAGACGAUGGGUAUGGGUACUCUUUGUAUUGUGUGUCCUUGUCCUUCUGUAGAGGCUAACAAAUACCUGCAUAGUGACAUAUCAGCCCAUAAUACAGAAAAACAGCAGGGGAGGGGAGGGUGAUGUCAUUUCUAAAUCAGUCAUCUCAGAGGUAAAAGAAGAGCAAAAACAAAAAGAUAAUUAAAAAAACAUUUUACAGA